AGGACGGAGGGACUCAGAGCGGCUCCGCACAUCGCAAGAGGAGGAGAGGGAGAAGGAUGCUCCAGUAUAAGCGGUGACAUCUCGCCCGCUCUCUCGUUCAGUCCCCGUUCUCUUCUUUGGCACUCAUUUUGUGGAUAAAAACAAACAAACAAAAACAAAAACAAAAAACAAAUAGGGGGAUUGCCACUAACUGGACUGGACCACCAGACUGCGGAUGUUUUAUUUCUCGGCUGUGGAAGGAUUUUUUUUUGGUUCCUCGCUUGGGACGCGCAACCGAUUGACGGAGGCUGAUUGCCGACUUUCAUUGGAUGCGACGCCAGUAACGAGCUAAAGGUUUGGAGGACUGGAGGAGAAGAAGAAGAAGAAGAAGAAGAAGAAGAAAUUGGCUCGUGUUGAAAUCACACUCUCAACAUUCCCUUCGCCAAACAGGAAGUCGUCACCUCAGUGGGGGCUGAGCUCCACUGAGAGGAACCCGAGAGUGAGGAGGCCGGAUUUGACGACGACGACGACGAAGAUGCUGAGGGUCUUCCUGGUGUUAGCGGCACUCUGCGCCCUCUGUAGCCUGGCGGCGGCUAGCCGGAGGAAACACGACUCGGUGGAUCAUCGCUCCCACAGGCGCAGACAUGCAGGUCACACAUCGCUGCACAGACACCGGCCCCGGGUGGGCAAGGAGGGUCAGGUGCUGCACAGGUCCAAAAGAGGUUGGGUCUGGAAUCAGUUCUUUGUCAUUGAGGAGUACACCGGACCGGAUCCUGUUCUGGUGGGACGGCUCCACUCCGACGUGGACUCGGGCAACGGCUACAUCAAGUACAUCCUUUCGGGCGAGGGCGCCGGGACCAUCUUCGUCAUCGACGACAAGACGGGCAACAUCCACGCCACCAAGACGCUGGACCGCGAGGAGCAGGCUCAGUACACGCUGACGGCGCAGGCGGUGGACCGAGACACCAACCAACCUCUGGAGCCGCCCUCCGAGUUCAUCGUCAAGGUGCAGGACAUCAACGACAAUCCUCCCGAGUUCCUGCACGGGCCUUACUACGCCAGGGUGCCCGAGAUGUCCAACGUCGGUACGUCGGUGAUUCAGGUGACGGCCACCGACGCCGACGACCCCACGUACGGAAACAGCGCCCGGCUGGUGUACAGCAUCCUGCAGGGACAGCCCUACUUCUCGGUGGAGCCGCAGACGGGUAUCAUUCGCACGGCGCUGCCCAACAUGGACCGCGAGGCGCGGCAGGACUACGACGUGGUGAUCCAGGCCAAGGACAUGGGCGGCCACAUGGGCGGGCUGUCUGGGACCACCGAGGUCAAAAUCACACUCACCGACGUCAACGACAACCCACCCAAGUUCCCGCAGAGCGUGUACGCCAUGUCCGUGUCCGAGGACAAAGUGGAGGGCGAGGAGGUGGGCCGUCUCAAGGCCAACGACCCCGACAUGGGAGACAACGGGAUGGUUAACUACCGGCUGAUAGACGGAGACGGCAUUGGGACGUUCGAGCUCAGCACCGACUCUGAGACCAGGGAGGCCGUCGUCAAGCUGAAAAAGCGCGUGGAUUUUGAGACCGCUAAGUUGUACACGCUGAAGUUGGAGGCCUUCAACAUGCACGUGGACCCCCACUACCUGGCCUGGGGGCCGUACAAGGACGAGGCCACGAUAAAGAUUUCAGUGGAGGAUGCCGACGAGCCGCCCGUGUUUGUGGCGCCCUCGUACACCUUUGAGGUGGAGGAGAACGCCCCCGCCGGCACGCAGGUGGGACGCGUCCACGCCCAGGACACGGACGCCGCCGACAACCCGGUCAGGUAUAUGAUUCCGCGUUACACGGACGUGGAGCAGUUCUUCAGCGUCAACUCUGAGGACGGCAUGAUCACCACCGCCAGACCGCUGGAUCGGGAGGCUCAGGCCUGGCACAACAUCUCCGUGUCGGCCACCGAGAUAGGAGGCCACCACCAGGACACCAAAGUGCGCGUGAACGUCAGAGUGAAGGACAGGAACGACAACGCUCCCGAGUUUGCCAUCGACAACGAAGUCCUCAUGUGUGACAAUGUUGCACCAGGGAAGGUUAUCGAAACGGUCAGUGCGGUGGACAAAGACGAGAUGGCCCACCGUCAGCACUUCACCUUCAGCCUGCCACCAGAGGUGGCGCACAACCAGAACUUCUCCCUCAAAGACAACGCAGACAGCACGGCCAGCGUCUACGUGCUGCGGAAGGGUUUCAGCCGGCUGACGCAGGACGUCUACUUCCUGCCGGUGGAGAUCAACGACAACGGCGUUCCGCCCAUGAGCAGCACCGGCACGCUGACGGUGCGCGUGUGCUCCUGCGACAGCAAGGACACCAUCUUGUCGUGCAACGUGGAGCCCUACGUGCUGCCCGCCGGCCUCAGCACGGGCGCGCUCAUCGCCAUCCUCGCCUGCAUGGUCAUCCUGCUGGUCAUCGUGGUUUUGUUUGUGGCGCUGCGGCGUCAAAAGAAGGAGCCCCUGAUCGUCUUCGAGGAGGAGGACAUCCGAGAGAACAUCAUCACCUACGACGACGAGGGCGGCGGAGAGGAGGACACGGAAGCCUUCGACAUCGCCACGCUGCAGAAUCCAGACGGCGCCAACGGUUUCCACCCGAGGAAGGACAUGAAACCGGAGCUCCAGUUCCCGCUGCGUCCCGGCGUCCACCCGGCAGCCAACAGCGUGGACGUGGACGACUUCAUCAAGACGCGCGUGGCCGAGGCCGACGGCGACCCCACCGCGCCGCCCUACGACUCCAUCCAGAUCUACGGCUACGAGGGCCGCGGGUCCCUGGCCGGCUCGCUCAGCUCUCUGGAGUCGGUCACCACCGAGUCGGACCUGGAUUAUGACUAUCUGCGCAGCUGGGGUCCGCGCUUCAAGAAGCUGGCCGAUUUGUACGGCACCAAAGACUGCUCCGUUCACGACGGGGACGACGACGACGACUGUUAACGGCGGACCAACCCCCCCCCCCCCCCCCCCAUGCCCCCACCCCCCCACCCCCCCAACCCCCAGAAAUAAAAACAAAUUCCGAUGAUUCCAUGAGGAUUUUUGCUCCAGCGGCUUCCCAGCUUUCUCCCGUUUCCUCCCAAAUAACGAAUGCCGAGAGCUCCCGACUUUACUUCUUACGGACCGGAGCGGAGUCGGACGGGGAAAAUGUAUCACGUCACCCGUGUGUGUUUGGAAUUUACUUAGCGCAAAAAAAAAAACAUCAUAAAAAAAUUAAAAAAAAUGUUUAGCUGAAAUUAGAAGUUGUGUACACUUAACGUGGACUGGAUUCACAAGCGUCGUCGAGGUUUCGGUCCCUCGGCGGGAUCCUCCAGCUCGCCGUCCCAGCCGGACCGGUGGUCCCGCCGUUUGUUGUUGCUUGUGCGAUCUCACUUAGGACUCUGGGUUGUUGAUACUGUCUCGGCAGUACGGUGGCCUUAAAAUAAAUCAACAGCAACUCCGGAGGCCAACAGGCGAUACGAGACGAACGACGUGAGAGGCUUCGUUCGCUAGCUACGAAAACCGCGACUGAGGCUCGGUGGUGGAAAAAAACAACAACAACAAAAUCAAGACGGACCGAAUUGGACAUAAAAAACUGUGGAGGACAAUUUGUUUUUUGAUCCCUCGAUCCUGUGUCCGAGCAAUCACUUCCGCCGAGGGUUGCAAACAUUCCUGGGAAAUCCAGCGAGGACGUUUUGGAAAUAGUCCAAAUUGGAAGCUUUCCAAGGGAAUUAAUCCGAAAUUGAGGGUAAUUCAAGCACGAAUAUAUAUAUAUAUAUAUAUUAAAAAAAACAUUUUUAAAAAAGGGUUUUGUCAUAAGCAGAUAUCAUUGCAAACGAUAGUUUUCAAGAGUCAAACUUAAAUGUGUUAAAUUCCAGUCGUUUCUGCAUUUACUCCUGCAAAUUCCCAUGGAAAGUUUCCAACUUUGAACAUUUUUGCAACCCGACUUCCGCCAAUGAUGAUGAUCAAUCAUAAACCAGUAAAAAACCUGUGAGAUCUUAAAUAUCGCCUUAACGGACACUCGCGGUGCAUUCUAGCUAUCCAUUGUUGUUGUUUUUUGUUUUUGUUUAUUGUUUUGUUUUCGAGUCCCAAAAGCAAGCUAGCUAGCCUCCAUGUUUGCAGAGAAUGUGCAAAACGAGCGCCGCGUUCCACUCGUUCAAAACAAAACAGGAUACGACGUCUUCUUUUCUUUCUUUGUUUUUUGUUUUUGUUUUUUCAGAAAGGCCAGGCGACAUCUGUUGCAUCAACACGUGUUGCAAACGUUUCCGAAAAACUUUCGCCCACUCCCGAGAAGGCAGGUCGUCGUCUUUUUUUUUUUUUUGGGUGGUUCGACAUCAUUUUUAUUAUACUACUAUAAUUAUUAUCAGUUUCUUUUUUAUCACUAUUAUCAUUAUUAUUAUGAUUAUUAUUAUUAUUAUGACUGUUGUUGUUUCUUUGGCCACGCGUAUUUCGCUCUUUGCUGCCAAAGAGUUACGUAGUCAAAUGACAACCUCAUGUUUGGUUUGGUUUGGUUGCUUCUUUUGUUUUUGUUUUGGUUUUUUUUGUUUGUUUUUGUUUUUUGUUUGUUUGUUUUUUGUUGCUUGUUUUUGUCAUUUUUGGGCGUUUCAUCGUGGUUUCUCCCACUCGAGAGGAAAACGGCAAAGCGACCUGUACGCUGCUCGAGAGAAAACGCCUGGUUUUUAUUCUUCUGUCGAGUUUUAUGGUACCGAUUUGUACAAUUUUAAAAGUUCUUAUUUUUUAGUAUACAUGCAGAAUAUUCCAGUUACGAAAAAAAAAUGUUAAGAUUUCAAAAAAAAAAAAUCAAAAAUCAAAAUGAUUCAGCAUCACACUUAUAUUUUCUGAACAUUGUACUGUUGCUUUACUAUGUGCUUCAAUCCACGAAGCAAAAAAAAAACAACAACUUUGAA